AUUUUAGACUAAACCUUUAAAAAAUCCAAGAUGGAAGCGAAAGAAAGUAUUGCAACACAUGGUGUAGAAAAAGACGAAAAUGAAAGGGCUAACAUGUCAGCAGGUGCCAGUAACACAGGCACUGAAAAGCCAACAUGUGUCAUUGUUCUUGGCAUGGCCGGUUCUGGGAAAACAACUUUCGUUCAGAGAAUUGUUGGGCAUUUGCAUGCAAAUAAAACACCUCCCUAUGUGAUCAAUUUAGAUCCAGCGGUACAUGAAGUACCUUUUCCAGCAAACAUUGAUAUAAGAGAUACUGUCAACUAUAAAGAAGUGAUGAAACAAUAUGGCCUUGGUCCAAAUGGUGGAAUUGUCACAUCAUUGAAUUUGUUUGCUACAAGAUUUGAUCAAGUCAUGCAGUUUGCAGAGAAGAAGACUAAAGAUGAAUGCAAGUAUAUUAUCAUAGACACACCUGGACAGAUUGAAGUAUUCACUUGGUCAGCCUCAGGCUCUAUUAUUACAGAAGCUUUGGCAUCGUCUUUUCCAACUGUGGUUGUUUAUGUAAUGGACACAUCCCGCAGUGUGAGCCCGGUCACUUUUAUGUCCAAUAUGACAUAUGCCUGUAGUAUACUGUAUAAAACCAAGUUACCUUUCCUUCUAGCAAUGAACAAAAUAGACAUAGUAAGUAACCAGUUUGCUGUGGAAUGGAUGACAGAUUUUGAGACGUUCCAGGAGGCUUUAGAGCACGAAACUUCGUACACGUCAAAUCUAACUCGGUCAAUGAGCCUGGUACUGGACGAGUUCUAUGCUACACUGAAAUCUGUGGGCGUGUCUGCGGUCACCGGAGAAGGUGUACAAAAGUUUUUCUCGCUCGUUGACGAGGCUGCUGUGGAAUAUGAAAAAGAUUAUAAACCAAUGUUGGAGAGAAAGAAGAAAGAAGUGAAGGAAAAAGAUAGAAAGAGAAAGGAGCAGGAAUUGAAUAAAGUGGUUAAAGAUAGAGAAGAGGAAUUGAUGGAGACUGAAGGUAUAAGGAUGAGAACGUCAAAGAUGACAAUAAAUCGUGGUAUAGAUGAUGAUGAAGACAGUGAGGAAGAUUUUAAACAAGAUGAACCUAUUGAUGAAGAAGAAGUUAGGGAAUAUCAGUCAUUUAAGAAUUAUCUGGAGAGUCAGAAAACAAGGCAACAACAAAAAGCUGAUAAACUAGAACAAGAUAAUACAUGAAUAAAGACAGUGUUACAUUAACUUUGUUUAUAUAUUUGUCAUACCAUACAUUGUAAAUAAACAUGAUAUGUCAUUUUUGAUAACAUGUUUUUAAUGACUCGUUCUUUACACAAUUCUCUGCAUACAUGUAUGUCCUUUACUUAACAAUGGUUGUCUUGUGAGAUGCAAGAUUUUUAUCAACAUAUUCUAUUGGGUAAAUUGGUGCAUGUCUGUAACUUGAAGUUGAUUCAGUGCUUCCGUUAGAUUUGGGAAUCAUUUACUCAUUCAUUUUGGCUUGUGACUUCCAAAAUGUAAUGCUUUUCCUUCUUUUCUUAUACAUGUAUAAUGAGACUUCCUAUAUAAGAGAUUUUGAAGUCUGUGACUUCCAAAUUUGGAACUCAUGUUGGAGCAUUUGUUGUUUUAAUGCUGCAAAAGAUAUCAUGUGCCUUGUGUGCAUCUAAGGUCUCCCUUCAAUGGCAAAACUGGGCAGUUGCCAUAUGACCUAUCACCAUCACAUACAAAAGACAACAACUACAGCAAAAUGUUAUGAAAAAAAUGUAUAAAUGUGUGUAAUAUGUCUCUUGAGGGUUUUUGAUUUGUUUGAUAAAAGUUUAUCCUG